AUGGGGUCAAUUCAUCCACCCUCACCACUCAGCAGGGCGUCUGAAUUAGGGUGGGUAACGUCACGUAUCAUCGAUUCCGAUUCAUCGCCUUCCUCUUCGAUAAUAUCAGGUGCAUCGAGCAGUCGUGAUCUAGUCCCAGCUCCACGCCCCAGCGAUCUACAGAUCAUAUUGCGAACUAGAGAUCAAACCGCAUAUUACGAUCCUUCUUCGAACGAGCUUUCGCUUCAAAAGCGACAUCCUUCUCGGCAGUAUGAUGCGUCUGAAGGGUCAGAGCCUGGGUCGGGGGAGGCACCUCUUGUACCGCACCGGAGUCAAAGUCUUUUGAAGCGAUUUACGAGGUCGUUAACCCCCGCAACGGCAACAAGAGGGAGGAAUAAGGCGGGCGAGGGAGUGCAGGUGGUUUGUCCUACUUGUGCUCGUCCCUGGUCGAUUCCCCACGAUGAUGAUGAGGAGGAGGGGGGGGGAUUCGGUCAUCGAUUCGAAGAAGAAGCCCAAGAUGCGACGGCGGGGUAUGAGGGGGACUCGCCAUCAUUCAUGGCCCCCAACUACUUCCGUCUCUUAGCACAAGCAAACACCACCCCGCACAGCAACAGCCCUUCUCGACCAUCAACACCCCAGCAAAGAUUUUCACCUGUAUCAGGCACCUCAACCCCCCUCUCCUCCACUCCUCACCCUACCUCUGAUCCCAUACCCUCAACAUCAUCCGCACAAGGCUACUACUCACGAUUCUUCAUCGAACUUCACCCUCUUGGUCGAGGUGCGCGUGGACAAGUGUUCCUAUGCCAACACAUUCUCAACAACAACAAACUCGGCAAAUACGCCAUCAAAAAAAUCCCCGUUGGAGACCACGCUUCGUCUCUACUCCAGAGCUUAAACGAAGUCCAUCUGAUGGAAAGCUUGCAUCAUCCACAUUUGAUCCAUUAUCAACACGCGUGGAUAGAGAGGUGUAGCUUGGGGAAGUUUCAACCGCAAGUGCCGACACUGUUUGUGCUCAUGAUGGCGGCUAAUGCGGGUAGUUUGGCUGAUUGGAUUAGUGCGAGAGCGGGGGAGAAGCGUGAUUCUUCUCCACGGCCCACAGGGGUUGAAACACCGGUGGACAAGAGUGGGGAAGAGAAGGUUGAAAAAGAAGCGAGUCCAGUGGAUAGGAGGAAAAUUGAGAGGCUGAAAGCUGCUUUACGACAGCGCCGUGCAACUCGCCAAACCCAACCCACCUCCUCGUCUCCUCCUUGCUUCUCCACUGAAAGUGAGGCAAGUGCGGGAGUGGGAGUCCACCUUCUCCGCACAGAAGAAAUCUACUCUCUCAUCCACGACAUAGUCUCCGGUCUAUCCUUCCUUCAUAAUCGCGGGAUACUCCAUUUGGACAUCAAACCGGGUAAUGUUUUGCUGCAUUGGGAUGAAGAUUCCCUCAUCCCGCGUGCGCUCUUAUCCGACUUUGGCUCUUCUUUGCAUCUCCAUGACAACUGGACCCGCACACGAUCAGGUCAUACGGGAACGAUGGAGUACAUGAGUCCAGAAACGAUCGUCUCUGACCCCAAAACAGGAAAGUUGAGAGAGUUGAGUAGCAAAGCUGAUAUUUGGAGUGUGGGGAUGAUACUUCAUCUCCUACUCUUUUUUAGGCUGCCUUAUGGCGAGGUGGCAGAUGUGGAGAGACUCAGGGGUGAAAUUGGGAGAUAUAAGGGUUUUAGGAGGGCAAGUGGAGCGGGGAAGAAGGGGGGAAGGGGGGAUCAAGUGUUGUUAGGACUGUUGGAGAGAAUGUUAGAUGUUGACCCUUCACGAAGGCCGAGUUGUGAAGAGAUACUUGGUGUUUUGCAUCAAGCGAAACAAGGCAGAGGUGAGGGUAGAGGCAAAGGUGGUAGGACAAGUUUCCGAGCUCAAGCUUACGGUGUUAAGCAAAGUGGAGGAGAAGGUGUUUCGUUGGCGUUGUAUAGGCCAGCUGCUUUACCACCCCUACCGAGGGAUCGUCAUACAUCACCGAUCGGGAUCGCGCCUGAAACUUUGAUUCGAGGAUUGGUGACGAAAGAAAGAAAAGCAAUCGCUGUUGCGCUGGUUAGGUGUCUCUCCCCAACCCUCAUUUCAUUCUCCACCGCAGUCAAAGGGGGUGAGAGAAAAGGACCGGUGGAAACGAUAGCAAACACACUGAUCAUUCUGCUCGCCCUCAUCCACCUCUCUUCUUCCGUCUCUCCGCAAAGAAGGGGUAGAGCUUCGGUCGGGUGUUGGAUCGCACACUUCACCCUCCUCUCACUCAUCUGGUGGACGUCAUACUGA